CUCUAUUAAACCAUCGCAGACUUUUCAAACGUGCAGUUUUGCAUUCACGCUUGUGUACAUUGAUCAUCUGAGUGCACUAGAAAUGUCAACAGAAUCAGCGACAGCGACGAAAGUCCAGAAGCUCUCUACGCCGGAAGGUGAGGCGAAUGGAGCUGAUAGCGGCGAUUUAGAUGCAGAAUCACAGAUGCAAAAGACACUGGAAGACAUCGACUCGUGCCAGAAUGAAAUUGAUGCUCUAAACGAAAAAGCAAGCGAGGAAAUUUUGCAGGUGGAACAAAAGUACAACAAAUUAAGAAAACCGCACUUUGAUCGACGAAAUGGAUUAAUUGAGGAAAUCCCAAAUUUCUGGGUCACUGCCUUUGUAAAUCACCCACAAAUCUCAGCUGUCCUUGACCAAGAGGAGGAGGAAUGUCUACACUAUCUGAAAAAGGUUGAGGUAGAAGAGUUUGAUGACAUCAAGUCUGGGUACAAGAUCAAGUUCAGUUUCUCACAGAAUCCAUACUUUACAAAUGAAUUACUGUGCAAAGAAUUUCACCUGGCUACUUCAGGUGAUCCUGCAUCCAAAUCCACAAGUAUCGAAUGGAAGGAAGGGAUGGAUUUGACGAAGAAGCUCCAGCAGACUGAACAGAAUGGUCGCAAGAGGAAGCUGGGCAUGGCAAGAAACUUCUUCUCGUGGUUCCUUGACAACACUGACCCAUCAGCAGAUGACAUUGCAGAGGUGAUUAAAGAUGACAUGUGGCCGAACCCCCUUCAGUAUUACUUGGCACCAGACAUAGAGGUUGAAGAAAAUGGCAUCAGUGAUGAUGAAGAUCCUGAGGAAUCUGUGUAUGUUGUUGAGGACGAAGAUGAUGAUGAAGAAGAUGAUGAGGUGUAUUCAGUAGAAGAUGGUGACAUUGAAGAAGGUGACACAUUAGAUGAUUCAGCUGAUGUUGAAGUGAUAGAGGCUGAGGACGAUGAUGACAAUGUGAACGAUGACGACGUGGAGGCAGGGGAGGAGGGGGAGUGAUGUCCCAGCUGUCGACAACCACAUGUACAUACUGUGUAGAUCACUUUCAAGUGUAUAGAGAAGCGAGGGAAGACUACUGGAUAGGAUCACAGGAAAAUGGCAUCUUUUCGAGUGCAAUGUUAUCUGCAGUGAGACAUAAUGUCAAAUUACUAUAAACUGCUACUCUACCAGAGAUGCAAUUUUUGUCAUAAGCCGGCUUCCCCAAAUAAGUCUUAGACGUUCCUGGGGGUGUCCUAAUUCAACACUGUUCCAGUUGACACUGUCUCGCAGAUCAAUCAAGCCUCAUCCCUGCCCACUCAAGCCCCCACAAUGAAUAAGUAACAGGCUAAUGAUAGCUCAUAUCUUUAUCUUGUUCAUGAUAUGGCUUUAAUCGGUAUGAAACUGGGGUCAGUUUCACAAAGCUAUCGUACGUAGCUCAAUGACUGUCGUAAGUCUGUUUCAGUAUAGGAGUUAUGACAGACGUAACGCUACCAUAGCUUUGUGAAAUGGGGCCCUAAACUGUAUCUUAUCCUCGAGCUUUGUUCUAUAAUGUGAUCUGUCUCUUGGUCUAUCUCUACACUUUAUUGAAAUAGUGUUGAGAGAGUUGAGAGCUAACAUCUCUUUGUUGAACA